CGUACAAAACUCUGUGCCGCGCGUGGUUGCGUGGUGGUUUCGGAACGCGUUUCUGUCACUCUUGUUAAACCAGUAGUGGCCAGUGGUAAGGAGCGGUGCAGUUACUCGUGGACAACAAACAUCUAGCAAUAUGGACGUUACAAUAGGCGCCAACAACCUUACGACUGCAGGAGAAAUGUCAAGCCUGAAAAGCACAUUUGUGGUUAUCGGUGGUGGCAUUGCAGGCGUGUCGUGCGCUGAGCAGCUCGCCGUUCAUGCUCCAGAGGAGUCGGUUCUACUCAUCACAGCGUCGCCUAUUGUAAAAGCCGCAACUAAUGUUAUAAAGCUUCGCAGAGUAAUGGAGAGUUUCGACAUUGAGGAGCGUUCCAUGAGCUACCUGGAGCAGCAGUACAGCAACAUAAGAGUGCUACAAGAUGUGCUCAUCUCUCUGGAUGCUAGUUCACGGAAUGCCUUCCUCAAGAGUGGUCGCGUGAUCAAUUAUGGGAUGAUCUGCAUUUGCAUUGGUGGCAAGACCUCAGGUAAAUUAAUUUCCAAGGAUAACCCACUCGUAUUCGGGAUUAGGGACACAGAGACUGUCCAGACGCUGCAGAAUCGACUUGGUAAUGCCAGGCUCGUGGCUGUCAUCGGCAAUGGUGGAAUUGCCACAGAAUUUGUACAUGAAAUACGUGGCUGCCAGGUCCUUUGGGUUGUGCGAGAAAACAGCAUUGGCGCUACCUUCUUUGACCCCGGAGCUGCACAGUUCUUUCUGCCACAUUUGAGCUCGGAAGGCACUGCGAGUUCAGCCAAAGCAGAGCAGGCUGAAGACUGCGGAGACUCUGAGUGCUCCAGCCAUGCAAACCAGGACCUUCUGCCUGCAGGGAGUGCUUUGGGGCCAGACUGGGCGAAAGGUCGUGUUUUGCAAGGCGGAACUCAGAAAAAUGUGCAUAUUGAAUACAGCUGUGAAGUUCGCAUGCUGCUGACACCUGCCGAGUUUAAGAAGAAGGGUCUCGCCGAUUCCAGCUGCGACUUCAAGUUUGUCUCCAACUGGCCCGUGUACGUGCUCCUAACGAAUGACAAGUGCUUUGGUGUUGACCUCAUCGUGAGCGCAACUGGUGUCACACCCAAUGCAGACACCAUCAGUGCGCCUCAGUUAGACGUGGCCACAGAUGGCGGUAUUGUGGUGGACCGCCAGAUGAGAUCCUCACUGGCAGGUGUGUAUGCAGCAGGCGACGUUUGUACAGCAGGCUGGGAGCCUGCGGAGCUCUGGUUUCAGCGGCGCCUGUGGACGCAAGCACGGCAGAUGGGCCACUGGGCAGGCACGUGCAUGGCAGCCCACUGGUCAGGGAGUCCCGACCCCCUGGAAGAUGCUCGUUUUGACCUCUUCUCUCACGUGACACGCUUCUUCGGAUACCGGGUGGUCCUUCUGGGAGUCUUCAAUGGCCAAGGCUUGGCUGACUGCAGAGCCCUUGUGCGUGUGAACCCAGGCCAAGAGUACAUCAAGCUGCUUCUGCACGAUGGGAGGCUGAAGGGCGCUGUGCUGAUCGGAGACACAGACCUUGAGGAAACUUGCGAGAACCUCUUGCUUGAUCAACUCGAUCUGGGCCCACUUGCUGAUCACCUGCUUGACCCCGAAGUGGACAUCGAAGACUUCUUUGACUGACCUUGCAUUCGAGGACUGAAAAAUGCUCGUUCAUCACUCACAGAAAUAGUCUUCACAAACGGCCACUUCUUCACGCAACGCCCAAAACGGUUUCUGCAGUGGGAGCUUAGUCUUUGGCUGGAAAAAACAUGACGAGCAAGGAUUGCGGCUUCAAAAAACCACUCAACGGUACCACACAUGGCCGGCUGAAGAGCCUACUACUGUUGCACGCAGUGCUACACUGCUUUCCAUCACAUGUUUUUCGCUCGAUCGGCCAGUGAUGGGACCCUGAUGAACCUGGUGUGAGCUUGAGCAUGGCCGCUGAAAUACAGUAUGAAAGUGCGGGCAGAAGUGGGUCCUCUUGCCUGCCGAUCGUCAAUACACUUGCAAAAGGGACUAAAGUUCACAUUGACAAGCCACACGUUUUUCCCUGCAGCACUGCUGAAGGGAAGCCUGCUGCUAAACACGCGUGCCACGAGGCUAAUAAAAUUAACCCUGUCAAGCAUGAACAGGAUGGGACG